GAAUCGCUUGAAUGUUUACGUACCAGUUCAAUCAACAUUUUUAGUAUGCUUCAAUUCUUGGACAGUGAUUUCUAUACGAACUUACUAUUUUCCUGAGCAUAAAACAUGUUCAACAUGGAUAGCUGUCGUUUGUGUGCAGAAGCACUCACCGCAAGUACUUCGGUUUUCUCACAUAGACAUGAUCAUACUCUGGCUGAUAUGGUUUAUUUUGUUUCAUCCGUUAAGAUUAGUGAAACCGAUCAGCUGCCUAAACAAGUGUGUCCUGAUUGCGUUGAACUGACCAUUGAUGCUUUUCAGUUUGCGAAACGUGUACGAAAAAUGGAUUUACUCUUGAAAAGCUCUUUAAUAGAUGCUGAAGACGAAAUGCAGGUCGCUUGUUCAGCUGAGAGUGUAGUCUACGUAAAUCAAAACGACCAAUCAGCAGCACAAACGGAAAACUUCGACACUCAUGUAGAAACCCAGAAUAUGGGCACAGAAAAUGUUUGUCUGGUAGAGGAACAUUCAUCUCAAGUAGAAGAAAUGAACGAUGAAAUUGUGGAAAAUUGCCAACCAUCCGACGGACACUUGCUGGAUCCCGAUGAAGUUUCUGUCGAGUACUUAGACGAUGAGCCGGAAUCAGAGUCUAAGCAACUCAUAAAGCUUCUCAUCGAAUCAGUCAAUGAUUCGGGAACAUGCAAAUGGUUAAAAAUAAGAGAGGAUCUUGAUUACAAAGAGCUCCUAGGAGACGAUUUCGAUGAAACUGAUGAAUUGGGACAGCAUGAUAGUUCCGAUGAAGAAUGUUUGCAACAGAUGGAAACCAAACCUGAAAAUUACACUGCAGAAAUCGACGAUGAACAAGUUGUCCGAUGUUGUAGCAGAAAGUGCAAACUUGUCUUCAAAACUCGCGAUGAACUUAUAGAGCAUGGCUCCAAAAUACACGCAGCCGAAAGUUCGCAUGUGAAUACGGCAGGUCCGUACGAAUGCGUUGUGUGCUAUCAGAGAUUUGAAACACGUAGAUAUCUACUUUGUCAUCUAAGAAGAUUGAUACGUGACUAUCGUUGUGAGAUCUGUAACAUGUACUUUGAUGCUCCGCGGGAUAAAAAAUUUCACAUGAAAAAGAGCCACCCAAAUGAUUGUAGAACAGUUAAAGUGUACCGUCUCGAGGAUCAACCAGUAAAAAUCUGUUGCGGUUGCGAAGAAAAGUUUCAAACAUUAGAGGAACUCUACCAACACGGCGUUGAUCAACAUCAGCACCAACAUACGUUCGUUCACAAUGGCCGCGAAAUACAAUGCAACAUAUGUUACAAAUAUUUUAAAUCCAAAGCUAGCCUAAGAAACCAUCAAGUUCUUGUGUACAAACCAAAAACGCAUGCAUGUACGAUCUGUGAUAAGGCUUUCGAGUGUUCCUCGAAACUCUCCAAUCAUUUGAAAACACACCGGAAGGAUCGUAAAUUCGCUUGCUCUACUUGCGGGGGAACAUUCAAGACAGCUGCCGACCUCAAAGGUCACGAGAGGGUCCACCAGGAAAAAAGUCAUAUAUGCAAUGUAUGCGGUUCACGAUUCAACAAGCAGUCCCACCUCAGGUCUCAUUUGAAGACUCACGAUGAUAACGCGUACGAGUUUUCCUGUGAUGAAUGUCCUAGAAAAUUUAAAGAAAAAUCAAACCUAAAAAGCCAUAUGUUAGUUCAUACCAAGAAGAAGCCAUAUAAAUGCGAGUUUUGUCCGAAACUAUUCCGGUAUACCACUGAUAGGAAACGGCACGAAAUGGUACACACGGGGAAUUAUCCCUUCGGGUGCACUGUUUGUGAGAAAGCUUUUGCUAGAAAUUCCCAGCUGCAAGCACAUCGACGCGUUUGCGAUAAACGGGAGAAAUAGACUUUCUAGCGAUUAAAAUAGCAAACAAAACUAAUCUCAUUUGUUAGAACAAGAAUAUCACAUUUCAUUUCUAAUAAUCAAUUCUGGAAAAGUUAUCGAAAGCCAAUCUCGAUAAACUCUAUUCUAAAAGUAAAAUUUACAUAGGGCCCUAUUCCAGAAAACGAGACGAGCAGACGAGCGCUCGUCUCGUUUGUUUUCAUAUUCCAGAAGCCGAGCUCAACAUACGAGUAGCUCGUCUGGCUUGACGAGCGUUUGGUCGCGUUCGUCGAUGAUGUCCUACCUACCACCUUGUUGAUUGAAGGCAUCGGAAUUCUUGUGCUCCGCCUUUAUCUUCAAAAAUUGUUUCACGGCUAAACUAGUAUUGCAUAAGCAAUGUAUGUUUUCAACUGCAACCAUCAAAUUCAAUUCAGUAAUUGCAAGAUUUUACAGAUUUUUAAAUGGACCUCU